UGAUGAAGGUUUCGUGUGGGGGGUGCGAACAUCUGGCGUCGUUCAUGCGGUGCGCAUGCGCAGUGUACAUUACGACCAUUACAUCAAAAAAUGGCGGCGGCCGUUGAGAAUGUUGUUAAAGUGAUGGGAGAACAGUAUUACAAAGAUGCCAUGGAGCAGUGCCACAGCUACAAUGCCCGGCUGUGUGCAGAGAGGAGCAUACUCAUGCCUUUCCUCGACUCCCAGACUGGAGUGGCUCAGAGCAACUGUUACAUCUGGAUGGAGAAAAGGCACAGGAGUGCAGGUGUUGCACCAGGGCAGCUAUACACAUACCCUGCCCGCCGCUGGAGAAAGAAGAGAAGGCCACAUCCACCAGAAGAUCCUGCUUUGGUUUUCCCCCCACUCAAAGCGGCCGACAUUGAACUGGGAUUGAAAAAAGACGGGAUCGGGCCUUUGGAUGGAAGCAGCCUGGAGGCUUUGCUAAAAGGAGAACCCAUGGAUAAGAGAGCCGCUCCAGAGCUCCGGGGCCCAGAGGAGGACCAGAGUCUGGCAGACAUCACAGGCACUGCCGGGGCCAGUAGCCACAGCGGAUCCACACGAGUGAGAAAGAGAAUUCUAGAACCAGAAGAUUAUCUGGAUGAUCUAGACGACGAAGAUUUUGAAGAGGAGACCCCAAAAAGAAGGAAAGGAAAAUCUAAGGGUCGUGGAGUUGGAAAUGGGAAGAAAAAAACAGAAGCAGCAGCGGCAGCUUUGGAAGAUCGUGACAAACCAUAUGCCUGUGAUAUCUGUGGAAAACGCUAUAAGAAUAGACCAGGCCUAAGCUACCACUACACUCAUUCUCACCUGGCUGAAGAAGAGGGAGAGGAAAAGGAGGAAGCUGAGAUCCACACUCCUGCACCUCAGGAGGAAACCAAAACUCCUAAGAAAGGUCCCAAUGGCUUGGCUCCACCAAAUGAUUAUUGUGAUUUCUGCUUGGGUGACUCCAACAUGAACCAGAAGACUGGCCAGUCUGAGGAACUGGUGUCCUGCUCUGACUGCGGACGCUCAGGACAUCCAUCUUGCCUGCAGUUCACAGCCGUGAUGAUGGCAGCGGUAAAAACAUAUCGCUGGCAGUGCAUCGAAUGCAAGUGCUGCAAUGUUUGCGGCACGUCCGAGAACGAUGAUCAGCUUCUGUUCUGUGAUGACUGCGACAGAGGAUACCAUAUGUACUGCCUCACUCCUCCUAUGUCUGACCCACCAGAAGGAAGUUGGAGUUGUCGUCUGUGUCUGGAUCUUCUUAAGGACAAGGCUUCCAUCUACCAAAGCCAGAAUCCUACAGUAGAGUAAUCACAUCAGCAGGACUGCUCAUGAUUACAACACACUGAUCACACACUCCCUUUGUUCCAGCUCAUACACACCGCCUAAAAAUCCUUUUUACACUACAUGAUCUAGACUUUGAUGUCUUCACAACAUGGUGCAUCACAGCUGAGGAAAAGAGAAGGUAGAGAGCAGGAAGGAGACGUUUAUUUGGCCGCACAUGUGCAGAGACCUUGACACAUCAUGCCACGGUUGCAGCGUUACUGUCUGACACAUUACUACAUAUAUUAAGUGUUUAAAUAAUUUGAGCACUAAGGAAAGUAAAGAAAGUGAUUAUUUCUAUAAGUAUCCCUCACUAAUGGAUAUGAAAAGCUGGUUCAUAUUAUCUGUUGCCAGAUUGUUGUUUUUGUUGUUUUGGGGUUUUUUUUUCCUUGCUUGUUUACAGUGCAUGUCAGAAGAAAUCACAUGGCCUUAUUCUGACAAGAUUAUGGUGUAUUUUAAUAUCUAUAUGUAUCGGACGUAAACUUUUCUUGAUGUUGAGUUGUUUUGUUUUUUUUCCUUCGCAGGAAUUAAUGGUGCCAAGGUCCACAUUCUCAAAAGCAUUUUUCCUUCAUUUAUUUAAGUAUUUGACAAACUGUGGAGUUUUGUGUCUGUUAGUAUUUGGUAAUUAAUGUGAUGCUGUCUUAUGUCCCUUUU